CAUUAUCGCCCUCGCGCCGCCUCUUCUUCUCCCGUCGACAUGGUAUUAUCCCACAAGAAGCUCAAGCAGAAGCUCCGCUCCCUUCUCGCCCACUCCGCCGCAGGGGAGUCGGAGGGGCCGCGCGAGGACGAUGCAGCGAAGGAGGAGAUCGAUCAACAAGUGGAGAGCAUCAAAGAGCUCUUGGGAUCGAAAUCUCGAGGAUCCAAGCCGUCGAAGAGGCCGAGGAGGAAGAAGAAGCCACUUCCCAGCUCGGAGGAAUCGAAAUCAUCCGAAGGAGACGAAGGGAUUAGUGAAGGGGUUAAGGAGAAUGGCGGGGGUGUUGGGGUAGAAGAGGAGAAGAAGAGUGGGAAGCGGAAGAGGGAGGAGGUCGAUGGAGAUAAGGAGCCGAAGAAGAAGAAGAAGAAGAAGAAGAAGCUAAAGGAGAAGCAGAAGAAGAAGGAUAAGAAUACGGAGAAGGAGAAGAUGAGGAAAGGAGAAGAGGAUGAGAAAGGGGUCGAGGGUAAUGAGAAAGUGGUGGUGGAAUCGAUUCAAUCGAUCAACACAGCUGAGAGUGAGCAAAAUGUGAAAAAGGUCUAUGUUGGUGGUAUUCCAUACUACUCAACAGAAGAUGAUAUAAAGAGCUUUUUCGAGGGAUGUGGCACUGUGACUGAAAUUGAUUGCAUGACCUUUCCGGAAAGUGGAAAGUUCCGAGGAAUCGCCAUUCUUUCUUUUAAGACGGAAGCUGCUGCCAACAGGGCUUUAGCUCUCGACGGUGCCGAUAUGGGUGGCUUUUAUCUAAAGAUCCAGCCGUACAAGUCCAACCACACUCAAAAAUCAGAUUUUGCACCCCAAAUUGUGGAGGGCUACAAUAGAAUAUAUGUGGGGAACCUAUCAUGGGAUAUAACCGAGGACGAUCUACGAAACUUCUUCUCCAACUGCAAAAUCUCAUCCAUACGAUUCGGGACAGACAAGGAGACAGGGGACUUUAAGGGCUAUGCGCAUGUCGACUUUGCUGAUAACGAGUCUCUGCUGGCAGCUUUGAAGCUCGACCAGAAGGUGGUUUAUGGUCGGCCGGUGAGGAUCACAUGCGCGACCCCAAAAAGGACGAUUUCUAGAAGGGAGGUUGAGACAAAGUCGGCUUCGAAGCCUAACAAUGUUGAGGAGAGCGGAGAUGGUGCAAGCUCAGGGAAGAAGAAGAAAAGGCGAACAUGCUACGUCUGCGGCACUCCGGGCCAUCUCUCUUCAUCUUGUCCGCAGAAAAAAGCUGGCGAGGGUGAUGGUUCUUCUGGUGUUACUGAAUUGAAGACGAGCAGAAAAUCUAUUCGAAGCUCCUCAUAGAAUAUUUACUCGUCGAAUGCUAUUCGAAUUGAAGUAUUAGUUACACCUUCGCCUGUUGUAAGUUAAUUUAUUGGUUGUAGAAUCGAACAUUGCUCUGAAUUUUGUUAGCUUUCAGAAGAGAGAUUGUAAGUAGAUCAGGUGUAAAAUCUUGGUAAAAAUGCCCCAUCAAACUAUAAGCAAUUUUUGAAAUAGGCCAUACACUUUUUUAAAAA